AUGAUACACGGGCCUUGCGGUGAUAGUCGAAAAAGCUCACCGUGUAUGGAGAAGGGAAAGUGCACCAAAAAUUUCCCAAAACCAUUUGCACAAGAAACCAGCAUCGACAAGUCAGGAUUCGUUAUCUACAGAAGGCGAGAUGAUGGCUCUAAAUUUGUUGAGAAAUGUGCUAUGAAGCUAGAUAAUCGGAAUGUUGUGCCUCAUAACCUCAGCCUCCUUAGGAAAUACAAAGCUCAUAUAAACGUCGAGUGGUGUUGCAAAACCAGCGCCAUUAAGUACCUGUUCAAGUACAUCACAAAAGGAGUGGAUAAAGCUACUAUUGCGAUCGAGAACUCAAAGAAGGAAUCUAAAAAAAUAAGUGGGGACAAGUCAGAGAAACAACCCAUCAAUGAGAUCAAUGAGUAUCUCGAUUGCCGUUUCCUUUCUGCAUGUGAGGCUGCGUGGAGAUUGUUUGGUUUCCCUGUUCAUUAUAACGAGCCUGCGGUGAUCAAGUUGACAAUUCAUCUGCCUGGUCAACACAGAUUAAUGUUUGAUGGAAAAACUGAUCUUAGAACUAUUUUAUCAACGGAGGAUAUAGAGAGAACUAUGUUUACCGCUUGGAUGGAAGCCAACGUCUUAUACGAGGAAGCCCGCUCACUUACUUUCGUUGAAUUCCCGACCAGUCCAGCAGCAGGGGAAUUGUACUACCUACGCAUUUUGGUCAACAUUUUAAGAGGCCCAACGAGUUUCAAAGAUAUAUACUCUGUAGGUGGUGUUACGUACGAAAAAUUCCAACAGGCAUGUUACGCGAGAGGGUUAUUAGACGACGACAAAGAAUGGCACGAUGCUCUCGACGAGCCAUCACAGUGGGCCUCUGGAAGUCAAAUGAGGAAAUUAUUUGUCACAAUUUUACUCUAUUGCCAAGUUGCGGAUCCGCUAUCACUUUGGAAACACGUCUGGAAACAUUUAGCUGAAGACAUCCUAUACAAGAAGGAGAAAGAGCAGACCUUCACGGCUUUAAACCUGAAUGAGGCCCAGCUACAGCAGUACACGUUGAUGGAGGUGGAGAAACUUCUCAAACAAAAUGACAAGUCCUUAGCCGAUUUUGCAGGGAUGCCACUGCCGGACAAAACAAUACUGCGAGACAUUAACAAUACUGUUCUCAGGCAAGAAUUGAACUUCGAUAAAGAUAAAGAGAAGAAAGAGCAUGACAGGAUGUUCGACUUACUCAAUGUUGACCAGGAGAACGUCUAUGUGGCUGUGUUGGAGUCAGUGGAGAAGAAACUAGGGAAACUGUUUUUCGUUUAUGGGCCAGGUGGGACAGGGAAAACAUUUAUGUACAAGACAAUUAUUGCCAAGCUACGCUCAAUUGGAAAAGUGGUCAUCCCUGUAGCUUCAGCCGGCAUUGCAGCUCUGCUUCUACCCGGUGGCAGAACAGCUCACUCGCGGUUCAAGAUACCUUUAUCAGUCGGGGAAGAGACAAUCUGUGAUAUCAAGGGGGGACUAUGUUAG